GCUACUAAGAAGAAGAAGACUGCCAGUUAGAGGAGGAGAUAAAGGGUCGUUGAGUUGACUGUUGAGAGAAAGAAGGAAAAACAAUCAAGAUCAUCAUCAGAUUCAUUAGACAUGGCUAAAAGAGCAGUUCUUGUAGGAUGCAAUUACCAAGGAACAAAAGCAGAACUCAAAGGAUGUAUCAAUGAUGUGAAAAGGAUGUAUAAAUCACUUGUAGAAAGAUAUGGAUUUGCAGAAGAAGAUAUAACCGUUUUGAUUGAUACUGAUGAUUCUUACAUUCAACCAACAGGUAAGAACAUCAGAAAGGCAAUAUUGGAUUUAAUAACAUCUGCUGAACCUGGUGAUGUUUUGUUCUUCCAUUACAGUGGUCAUGGAACUCGUCUCCCUGCUGAAACUGGUGAAGAUGAUGAUACUGGUUAUGAUGAAUGUAUUGUCCCUACUGAUAUGAAUCUUAUCACUGAUGAUGAUUUCAGGGAGUAUGUGGAUCAAGUCCCAGAAGGUUGUAAGAUAACAAUUGUAUCAGAUUCGUGUCACAGCGGAGGUUUGAUUGAUGAAGCUAAAGAACAGAUUGGAGAAAGUACUAAAGGUGAUCAAGAACAGUGUUCUGGAUUUGGGUUCAAGCAUUUCUUGCACCGGAAAGUCAACGAUGCUUUGGAAUCUCGUGGCAUUCAUUUACCUAGGAGACGCCACCAUAGGGAUGAAGACGAAGAAGAAGGAGAAGAGGAGCAAGAAGAAGAGGAUGAAUCCGUAAAGAACAAAUCACUUCCUAUAUCAAUUUUGAUUGAAAUCCUGAAACAGAAAACAGGCAAAGAUGACAUUGAUGUUGGAAAGAUUCGUCCUACAUUGUUCGAUGUAUUCGGAGAAGAUUCGAGCCCAAAGGUGAAGAAAUUCAUGAAGGUUAUAUUGGAAAAACUCCAAAGUGGUGACCAGGGUGGACUCAUGGGAAUGGUUGGAUUGUUAGCUCAAGAAUUUUUAAAGCACAAACUAGACGAAAAUGAUGACAACUACGCCAAACCUGCAAUGGAAACAGACAUUGGCAGCAAACAAGAAGCUUAUGCUGGAUCGAAUAAGAAAACACUACCUGAUGGCGGGAUCCUUGUAAGUGGAUGCCAGAGUGAUCAAACUUCGGCGGAUGCAAACCCAUCUGGAAAUGCUGAUGAUGCUUAUGGAGCUCUCAGUAAUGCUAUUCAAAUCAUAAUAGCAGAGAGUGAUGGUAGAGUAACUAAUCAUGAAUUAGUGUCAAAAGCAAGAAAAAUUCUUAAACGUCAGGGGUUUACUCAGCGGCCUGGACUCUACUGUUCUGACGAGCAUGUCGAUUCUCCGUUUAUCUGUUAAAAUUCACCCAGCUUGUGAAUGUUUCUCUGUGUGUUGUGUUUGCUUUCAUUUGGGCAUAUAUUGCGAGUAAUCUUGGUGUGGUGUGUAAAGGAAUAAGCUUUCAUUUUAAUGGAUAGUAAUAACAAACGUUUCAAACUGUUAA